CAAUACACACAAAAGCGUGCGCCAUGCAACAUCCUUCCAUUCUUUUAACACUCGCCUUCUAAAUUCUAACGAUUUUCAUAUUCCUAAUCCUUCUCAGAAACCUCUUUCUCACAUCUAAAUAAAAUCCAUCAAUUUUUACCAAUUUUUUUCAACAUCUUUCAAACAUUUAUCUUAUCAUCCAACAAUUCUUUUAAAUCCCUACUUUAUUAUACUUCAAUCUAUUUAAAAUCUACCACUUACCCAGAAAUUCUCUCUCGAUUUCAAGACUACCCAUCUUGAUUAUUUCUCCAGAUUUCUUCGGAAUUUUUUCUUUUGAUUAGAUUGAGUGUUUGAGUCUCUUUUCAAUCCCCUUUUGUAAUCCUACUUUAUACUUCAAUCUCUUCAAAUUCUACAACCUACCCAGAAUUUCUUUCUCGAUUUCAAUACUACCAAUCUUGAUUUUUUCUCCAAAAAAUUUGGAAUUUUGUUUUGAUUAGAUGGAGUGUUUGGGUCUAGGUUCAACCGGAGGAAUAACGAUUCGGACUCACCGAGUCGGAGACCGAGUCACGUUACCGAGUCAGACUCAAACUCGUUACGCCUCUGCAAGGAUUAUUCCUGCGAAGGCAAUAAUGGCGAACUCCUCGGCAAUCGAGGUAGUUCAAAAAAGUAGGACCCAUGUGAGAGGAGAGCCGGAGAAAUUUGACCAUUGGAUUAAAGAAUCAGUUGGCGAGAUCGUUAAGAAUCUAAGAGAAGCGCCCUUAUUCGUCCACGUGUACAACGAACGAGGUACCACGGUAAAAACAGAGAAAGCAGUUGCAGAGAAUUGGGCCCACUUGAAGGGUAAAUGGGUAAAAGGAGAGGAACCUUCACCUGAAGGAAUCAUACUUGUGGAGGAAUUAAAAGAGGAUGAAGUGGGAAUUUAUGAGGAAGAUGAGGGGCAAAAUAGGGAUUUUACUAAGGCUUUUGGUGUGUUAAUACAAGGAAAAGGGGAAGAAGGUGGUGUAGCUUGUUAUUUGUUGAAAACUAGUAAAGUUGGGUGUGCUAAUUUGGGGUUGUUUUGUACACAUUAUUGUUUGGUAAAGGUACAAAAUUUUAGGGAAACAGCAAGAUCACAACUUACUAGUUGUUGGUUGGUAUAGAGUAUGGGUGAAAAUUGGAACUUUGGUGGAGGAUGAUGAUAUUAUUGUUCAAGAAAUUAUUGAUGUUUUGAACAUGUACAAAAUAUUUAAUUUAGUUGAUGAUGAUUAGAACAAUUUGAAUAUAUGAGAAGUUGUUUUGAUCAACUUUACUGUGAAGUAUUGUUACUUUAAAGAACUUGAUUUAUAAAAUAGUGAAUAUAGUUCCUUUA